AUGAGCCUCACUUGCGUGGGUGUGUGAGCCGUGGAAGCCUACCUGGCGGCGUCCAACACGCAGUUACCCGCGCGCUUCUUCGCGUUCUCCCGCAGGAAAGAGCGCGCCGCGCGUGUGUAUCCGUCAUCCUGCUCCGGUUUUGUCGUUUCUCUCGAAAUUCGGAGUCGCGGAGCUGGGAUCCUAGGGUACCGACCUUGGGAGAGACGAGCGCGUCGCCGCGCGCGCUCUGCUCCUUUCGCGGUUCACCGGACGGAGAUCGGAGUAGGAUCGGAAGUGCGACGGGAGGAAUCGCGCUGCUUGCCUCUACUGGCGACCCACGGCUGCCGCGUGUGGUGUAUGUGUGUUUACGUGUACACGGGAGAGAGAUAAGGAGUGAUACGCGCGAAGAUCCUCUGGAAGUUCCCGUACGUGCCGUAAGUGGAUGCCCGACGUAAGUGGAGUUACAACGGAUGUUUCCGUCGCUGAUCACCGGACCGUCGGCCAGUAAGGGAUUUCGAGCGGAGGAAGAGAUGCGUUGGUGGCUUGUUGGAGGACACUGAAAGGGAGACCUGGAAGGCUUCUCCGUCAACGUCCUCCAGGUGCAAUCAAUAUGCCAACUGACAUCGUAGUUACGUCGGCCUCGGCCACGGUUUCAGAGGAGACCAGCAGAAGUCGGGACCUAGGCCUUGGACAGUCUCCAAGAUCAGGCCCCUCUUCUGCAGCUUCAUCCUCCAGUUCCACCGCGUCAACCUCAAGAGGAUUCGAUCCCAGUACUCUUGCCGCCUAUCAUCAUCAUCGUCACAGCUUGGCCGUAACCGGUCUGGGUCAUGCUCAUCACCGAGAAUCGUCAGCCUUUGUGCCUGUGGUGCCUUCAAGAUUACAGCUCACCCCGUAUCCAGGUGAAAUUCAUCCCCAUCUACCCGGACCGCCGCCCUCUUCCUCAUCGUCGACGAACUCGGAGCACGAAGUCGGUCCUGAAUCGUCAGUAGCCAGAAAAAGCUCCUCGAGUUAUGACAUCAUGGCGAUGAUGGCAGACAAAAGGAAAGAAUUAGCGAGAGGUCUUUUACUAGCCCCAUCGCAUCCUCUCCUCGAACCACCUGGGUAUCCGGUAUUUGCCGGUCCCUUUCCUGGUAGUUCUGCCUUAUAUCCCCCGGGUGGUCCAUUAACCCAUCAGCAUCUGGACCGAAGGUUACUUAGAGCACCUGGCAGGGCAUCCAGACCGAAGAAACAGUUCAUUUGUAAAUUCUGUAAUCGACAAUUCACGAAAUCAUACAAUCUUCUCAUUCACGAGAGAACUCAUACCGACGAAAGGCCGUAUUCCUGUGACAUAUGUGGCAAGGCGUUUAGGCGGCAGGAUCAUCUCAGAGAUCAUAGGUAUAUUCAUAGCAAGGAGAAGCCUUUUAAAUGUGGCGAAUGUGGUAAGGGCUUCUGUCAGAGCCGUACUCUGGCAGUUCACAAGAUUUUGCAUAUGGAAGAAUCUCCACAUAAAUGCCCUGUUUGCUCGAGAAGUUUUAAUCAGCGCAGCAAUCUCAAGACUCAUCUCUUAACACACACGGACCACAAGCCUUACGAAUGUACGUCAUGCGGCAAAGUGUUUCGCAGAAACUGCGAUCUCAGGAGACACGCAUUGACACACGCCGUGGGCGAUGUUCCUCCAGAGGCGUUGGAAGAGGCGUUGCGGGACGAUGACAGUCCCGAAGAGGAUUGCCCUGAGCCCGGACCGUCCUCCUCAUCGACCUCCACAACACCGUCUGUAUCUUCCGCGUCUUCUAGUUCGUCCGGAUAUCCUUCUCAAGGAUCGUCAGUCCCGCCAUCCGCGCCUACAACGUCGGCCUCAGCACCACCGCUUCCUCAGAGACCUCAGCUUCAGAUCAGAAGGGAUCUAUUACCCGCUGUGAAGACAUCGACGGUGACCAGCGGCGCGUCCGCGGCUCAUUCUGUCACCCAGAACCCACCGGCUGCCCUCCCGCCGCCACCCCCGCUUCUGACUUCUUACCGACGAAGAAUGGGCUCGCCAGGUCCUUCCAGAGUAUUCCUGGAGCUUCAGGAGCGCGAGCGCGAGAGAGAACGGGAGAUGGAGCAGAACAGGGAAAGGGAGCGUAACAGGGAGCGUGACAAAGAAAUAGCCAGACCACCGAGGGCACCAACACCUCAGCCACCGCCACCACCGCCUAGGCCCGCACCAGCGCGCCAGGGUUUCACUAUCGCGGAUAUAAUGGGUCGAUAGAAAAUUUGUCGCAGGUAGUUUUCCUGUGCUUGAAUUUCUUUUUCGUAAGCUCUAUGGAUUAUGAAGGAGAGGUACCGGUCUUCCACAAAGAAUAAAGUCUUUCUAAAGAUUUCAUGCGAAUUCUACGAUAUUUUUGGUAAGAAUAUGUUUAAUAGCUUGUUAAAUUUGCUAGAAAAAUCUUAUUUACGUGUUAUUAUCCACAUUAUUGCAAUACAUUUUUUCAUGCAAAUAUGCGAGAAUUGAUAUGAGAGAGUUUGAAUAUACGAAUAAGCAAAUGAAAAUCUUUAGAAAAAGUCUUCAUAAUUGUUUUGAAAAAUCUGCGUGCAUGAUUCUAAAAUAGUUAUUAGACUCGGAAAAACUUAACUCUCUCAAUCCAAAUGCGGUUGUAUAUUACAUCUUGUUAUGUCCAAUAUAAUAAUAUAGAGAAAUAAAUUAUAAAGUUAUAAUUUUGUAUAUUCGUAAUUCAUACAAUAUACAAAAUAAUAAUUUUAUAUACAUUAUAAAAAUUAAGUAUUACGUAUUAGACGAAACGUUCUUUCAAAUGUAACGUGAAGCAAAAAAAGAUAUUUUUUAUUAUUAUAUAACUUGGAAUACAAUAUUGAGAUAAUUUCGUAGAAGUGAGACGGUUAAACAAGUACAUACCAAAAAUGUGCCUUAAUAGUUUGUCGCUACAAAAUACAAAAACAGGUGCUCUCGCUUCAUGCUACAGUUAAUAGAAGCUACAAUGCUUUCCUGCGACGCGCGUGAAUCACGAUAACGAUGCAAUAGGGAAAGACGAGACCAGAUGAUAUUAAGAAAACUGCGAUCACGGCGAGAAGAAGUAUUCUUUUGUCCCGCAGUUGUUCGGGAGAAGGGAUAAUGCAAAUUUUGCGGUCGGGGUAAUAACCUGUGCCUGUGCCACCGUGGCAGGUGCAAUACGGCUUUGUACCUGCUCGAUCCGCGCGCGAAAUACCUGCUCCCUGCUACUGCUGCUGCUGCUUUUUCCCUUCUAAAAAUAUUCCGACCCUAGACGAAUAUCAAUAUUUUUUUCUUCCCCUCU